AUGGCCUACACAAAAGACUACUACCAUAUCCUGAGCCUCGACGCACCGGGCUGGCGCCAACCCGCAAACCAAGCCAACAAGACCACAGCAGCAGCAGCAGCAGACCUGCGACGAGCCUACAAAGUAGCACUACUCGCAGCGCAUCCAGACAAGAAGAAACGAGAUGCCAUUCCCACUACGACUCUGACUACAAAGUCGAAGCCCGCAUACACAGUCGACGACGUAAAAGAAGCCUACACGAUACUCGCGGAUCCCAAGACACGAGCGGAAUACAACACUUGGUUCCUUCAUAAUCGGCAUACACUGCGUUUCUCGACUACCCCGACGACGACAACGACGACGACGACGUCUUCAGGGAUAACUCCGCAGGAGCAAGCACAGGCUAUUAUUAGCGAGGACUUCAUUCUUGGUCUUGAACUUGUUGAUUUGAGCGAUUUCGAGGAAGUCCAGCAUGCGGCGGCAGAUGCGAGGGGAGGAAGACAGGGGGUAGAGUGGACGAGGGGGUGUCGGUGUGGAGACGAGAAGGGGUUUCGGAUUGUGGAAGACGAGUUGGAAGAUGCGCAGGUGAGGGGGGAGAAUGAGGUGCUGGUUGGGUGUCAGGGGUGUAGUUUGUGGCUGAGGGUUGGGUUUGAGGUUGAGGAGGAGUGA